AUGGACGUCGUCGUCCUCGCCGGCCGGCCUGGGGAGGAGACGAGGACGUUGCUGUCGUCGCCGGCGGCGGGGGAGGGGGGAGCGGGAGGAGUGAGGAGGAAGAAGAAGCGGGGGCGGGUGGAGCUGCGGCGGAUAGAGGACCGGACGAGCCGGCAGGUGCGCUUCUCCAAGCGCCGGAGCGGCCUCUUCAAGAAGGCCCACGAGCUCGCCGUGCUCUGCGACGCCGAGGUCGCGCUCGUCGUCUUCUCCCCCGCCGGCCGCCUCUACGAGUUCGCCUCCUCCGCCUCCAGCAUUGAGGAAAUUUUUGGUCGAUAUUGGGACCUUCUGGACAGAUCAAUUGAUCUCAAUACUGAAGCACGAGACUCUCAAGUUGAUUGCGCUAUACAGCUUGGCCAGAAAGAGCAUUCAGUUCUAGAUUCCGUGCCUAAGAUAAAUGACGUUACUGAAUGUUUUUUGGAACCAAAGAUCAACGAGCUCAGCAUAGCUGAGCUUAGAGGUUUGGAGGAAGCUCUGAGUAACGCUUUGACAGAUAUUAAGAACAAGCUGAUGAUGAAGGUGGUUGAUGUGCUGCCCAAAAGCGAGAAAUGCCAACUGAGGAAGAACUGCUGGAUUUCAGAGCCGGAGGAGUGAUCUCAUCUUAAAUUAAACUGAAGACGGAGGCUACACCUUUUUGCAGGCUUGCAGCAGUAAACCCUGCAAGUUCUGGCAAACGUUCAUAAAUUCAGUUUGCGGUGUUUACUUGCUUGAUCACCCUAACUUUCUGCCCUGCUUGUGUAUGAAAAAAUCCUGACAAAUUAUGGCACAGUACAUGGCCGACCGUUUCAGGAGUUACCGUGUAA